GCAGCACCUCUGUGGGCUACUUCUGUAAUCGCCAUUGGAUGGUCUGCUGAGCCCAGCUGCGAGCUGAAGUAGUCCAUUUAACAUCCGUCACCUCAGCCUCUCCAAGGGGCGGAGUAAUCUCUGGACCUCAGUCUUCAUAGUGAAAACUUUCCCGUCUGUAUAAAAAGGCAAAAGUGAUGCGAUUAAGCCAACUCAAACAAAUAAAAAUGGAACAUCAAAAGUCUGGGGGCUGGACCAAAAAGACCAGGGUUAACGACGCUGCUGGAGUGGAUAGAGGCUAGACCAGGAUCUGUAAUAAAAUACAGUUCCAUCAAGCUGUUGAUAGCCUCCCUCGUCCCAAGGGUAAUUAGGCUUACUGGCUCUCCUACCAACCGGCCACACGCAAGUAAUAUCCUUUAUUGAUUAAUGUGAAAUGAGAUUAUGUUUGAACAUACAAUACAAUUGUAAUGCGUAAGUGGGCCUGUCGGGCAGAACUAACAGUCAUCUUUUUGAAGUUCAUAAUCCAUAUAGAGUUUAUCGUUCUCCUGUGCUACAAAGCCCUUUUACUUAAUUGGUUUGCUCUUAUCUGGACCCCGCAGUGUAGUGCUUUGUCCAUUAUGUUCAUGUUGCCCGGCAGUCUUAAAUUGUAAUGAUAUCCGAUUGAGGAACAUGCUGUUGACUGUUGAGAUGCAUGUUUGAGUAUUUUAAUUCUGUUAUUUUUUUAUUAUUUUUUUGCAACCACAGAACAGAUUCACAGUCAGGGAUAUGCCCAGUGCAUAGACACACACACACACACACACACACACACUAACAAGAGAACUUUCUGGGAUCACAAUUUACUUCAAUAAAAUAUAUUUUCUUACCUUCACCACUAAAAGCCCAUUUCAGCCCUAACCCAAAUCUAAAAGAAUAAUUAUGUAAAUGAGGAGUAGAUAUUAUUUACCAUGGAUUACUAUACUCGUGAGGUCCACAGGUCUGCACACGCGCGCGCGCACACACACACACACACACACACACACACACACACACACACCAUUGAGUAACAGUCAUAAAAUACUUUUAUUGACCAGGAACAGUAUGUAGAACACGCGUUUACUGUCAGUCUAAGUAAACUUUCUAUGUAAGGCACAAGCUUCGUCGCGUUCCUCAAAAUAAACGUUAUGGUUUUAUAGAAGUGACGGACAGCCGUCUAGGACUAGCCUGGGUAUUGGAAUACUGUACCAGAUGACUGUACCACGGAGGCCUCUGUGUCCGCUAGCUUGCUCUUUGUUGUGUGUUUCUGUUUGUGCUGGUGCUUUCUGGCCUGGUGAGUUCACAUGUGAACAGGGUCAGAGUGUAACCGAGGACCGUGUGUGUGACUUCAAGAACGACUGCAGGGAUGGCAGCGAUGAAAGAAAUUGUUCUGGAUAUGGUAGAUGUGACUUUGAGGAGGGUUUUUGUGACAUGUUACCCAACGCUGAAACACACUUAGGAUGGACCAGAGGUGUGGGGAUCAACGCCACUGGGCCAAAACAUGACCAUGCCAACAACCAAUCAGCUUAUUUCCUGUUGAUGCUGCCUGUUGAAGGACAUACAGCCAAGGCUUACUUGUGGAGCCCUCUGUUCCUGCCGUCGAAGACAUGCUGGAUGACAUUCUAUCACCACAUAGGAGCUGUGAAUGGCUAUUUACAGGUUCUGACCGGAAGAAAGACACUUCAGCAGAAGCAACUGGUAUGGAACCAAUCAGAACCAGAGACACAGAGAUGGCGACGGACCGUGAUACCUUUCUCAAUUUCUCACCAGUUCCAUGUAAUAAUUCAAGGGGUGCUCUCUGGGGACGGUUAUCCCUCAGAGACCUUGGCGAUAGAUGACAUCUCCUUCAGUGAUGGCUGUGUAGCUGUCCCUGCCACCAAUAGCACUGGGUCCCCAUUCACACCCGCGGUUCCAAGGUGCCCCUCUGCUUCUUUCACCUGUGCCAAUGGGGACUGUAUUGAUGAGGACAAAGUGUGUGACUUCAUUCCACAUUGUCUAGGUGGAGAGGAUGAAGCCAGUUGCCCCUCCUUCUGUGACUUUGAGGGGGACUCCUGCGGGUGGCGUGAAUAUGAAUUUUCCCAGGGCGAUGGAUUCGACUGGGUCAGGGGCUCAGCCGGGAACGUGCCACCUGACUACCAGAGCCAGGUCCCUCCUCUGGAUCAUUCCACCAACAGCAGUCAGGGACACUUUCUCUUCGUUUUUUUGAACAGAAGCAGUAUUUUUCAGAGGGCUAUUCUUCGGGGGCCCCAGUACCGCCAGUCAGCCCCUGGGUGUACCAUGACCUUCUGGCAUUACAACUCUGGCGUGUCAGUUGGCGCUGCGGAGCUGUCCCUGCGCAUUGCUGGCAUGGACAACAUCACCAUGCUGUGGCAAACGCUCUACAACAAAGGCAACCGCUGGAACCGGGUCACGGUGCAGCUGGGCCGCAUAACCCAGCCCUUCCAGUUAACCCUGGCCAAAAUCAGCCUUGGUGUGUUCGACGGAGUCUCUGCCCUGGACGACAUCGGCUUCCAGAACUGCUCCCUGCCCCCGGCGGUGGAAAUGUGCCCCGGGCGCUCCCACUUCCACUGCACUCAGAGCCGGGCGUGCGUGGAGCGACUGCAGCUGUGUGACCUGGUGGACGACUGCGGAGAUGGUUCGGACGAGGCGGGCUGCUCUCCAGAGCUGAUGUGUGACUUUGAGCAGGGCUUAUGCAUAUGGACCCAGGAAGAGAGGCGUGACUUAUUCGACUGGACGCGCAUUCAGGGCCCGACACCCACCCUCGAAACGGGUCCCUCAAAGGACCACACCCUGGGCAACGUUAACGGUCACUACCUCUACAUAGAAUCCUCCAGCCCCCAGAAGUUUAAGGACACGGCCGUGCUGGUCAGCCCAGUGUUCCAGCCUACCCUGCUCCCUGGGGAGAGUAAGCCCACCGAAGACGGUAGCCCUCGCCACCGGUGUGUGUUCCGUUUCCACUACCACAUGUUCGGGUCUCAUGUGUUCCGCCUGGCUGUGUACAUGAGGACCACCAAGCCCAGUCGUGGUCACAUGCUGUGGAUGCGAUAUGGUGAACAGGGAAAUAUGUGGCUCAGAAAGACCAUCUACCUCAACAGCGCUAAGCCUUUUCAGAUUCUGAUCGAGGGAACAGUUGGUGAUGACUUUAAUGGAGACAUUGCCAUUGAUGACCUGUCCUUCCUGGACUGUAGCCUCUAUGAUGGGGACCUGCCCUCCGUGAGCCCCACCACUCCGUUCCCCCUGACGGACGCCCCUACCAUUCAACCCCAUGUCUGCCCAGAGGGCGAGUUUGUAUGUGGUGCACACGGGGAGUGUGUGGACAAGAGCAGGGUGUGUGACUUCAGACACGACUGCUCCGAUGGCUUGGAUGAACAGCACUGUGUGAAAGAGGUGUGUAAUUUUGAGGAGGGUGAUCCAUGUGGUUGGGAGAGAGUCUAUCCCACUCCCCCUGUACUCCAUUCGUUCCGCUGGCUCCCUGAUCAAGGCGACACCAUUCACCUUGGAGAGCAGUACCACCGGCCCGUCAAUGACCACACUCUUGGCACUCCAGAGGGUUGGUACAUGUAUGCAGACAGCUCCAACGGUGGUUUCGGUCACACCACCGACCUCCAGACUCCUGUCAUCUCCUCCACUGGACCCCAGUGCACCCUGGGAUUCUGGUACCACAUGAGCGGCUUCACUGUGGGAACCCUGCAGGUGUUACUAAAGUAUGGAAACAUUUCCCAUGAAGUGUGGUCUCAGACGGGUAACCAAGGCAACAAAUGGAGACGUGGAGAAGUUUUUCUGGGAAUUUGCCAUGACGUCCAGGUGAUCUUACGGGCCAAGCGUGGGAUCAGCUACAUGGGAGACGUGGUUGUGGAUGACAUCACCUUCCAGAACUGCACCCCUCCCCUUAUCCCCGAGCAGCCUUGUGGACCUGAAGAGUACACCUGCUCCAACGGACACUGCAUCCCCCAGGACAACCUGUGCGACUUCAUCGACCACUGCGGGGACGGCUCUGACGAGGACCCCUACAUCUGCAAGGGCUUCAGCGGACGCUGCAACUUCGAGUUUGACCUCUGCUCCUGGCGCCAGUGCCGGGAGGACAAUUUCAAUUGGCUUAUCAAAGCCGGCAGCACGUCUACCUUCGGCACUGGGCCUGCCACUGACCACACAAUGAGGGACCCAUCAGGCCACUACCUCUACGCAAAGAGCUCUUUCCCUCAGGCAACUGGAGAUGUUGCCCGAAUCUCAGGACCCCUUUUCAGCCGCAGGAGCAAAGAGUGCAAGAUCAGCUUCUACAUACACAUGUCAGGAGAAGGCAUUGGUACUCUCAGUGUGUUCCGAGUCACUGGCUCGGAUCAUCACCUCCUCCUCAACCUGACCGGAGACCAGGGGAACUAUUGGCAGAGGAAGGACAUCCAGCUGACGUCUCGGGAACAUUUCCAGGUCACAUUUGAGGGCAAGGUGGUGACAUCCAGGGGUGACAUCUGUCUUGAUGACAUCACCUUCUCGCCUGGCUGCCUUCUGUUGUCCACUUCAGAAGCACAGGAAACUGCGUCUCCAUCCCCAUCAGGCUCCUGUCCACUGGGCCACCUGCAAUGUGAGAACGGCCAGUGUUUCCAUCAAGACAAGAGCUGUGACUUCAUAGAUAACUGUGGCGAUGGCAGCGAUGAAAAGGAUUGUGGGACUUCCUGCACCUUCGAGAAUGGCCGCUGUGGUUGGAAGAGCUCCAUGGCCGACAACUUUGAUUGGACGUUGGGUGUGGGCUUGGCCAACAGUAUAAGACCGCCAUUUGACCACACUCUGAAGAAUGAGCAUGGUCAUUUUGUCUAUCUGGAGGCCACUCCUGUUGGAUUGAAAGGUGAUAAGGCUCACAUGAAGAGCUCUGUGUGGAAAGAGUCCAGCGCCACCUGCACGCUCACCUUCUGGUACUACCUUUCCCACGUAGGAUCCGGCACCAUCCGGUUACUGGUCAAGACAGAGAACAAUGGGUUGACGGAGGUGUGGAACAUGACUGGGAACCAGGGUCAGCAGUGGAACCAGGCUAAGGUUCCUCUGAGGAAGCUGAGGAACUUUGAGGUGAUCUUUGAGGGGAUCCGCUCCAGAGAUGUAAAUGGAGGGGCUGCUAUAGAUGACCUGCAAUUCAUGGACUGUGAAUCCAAUGCUGUGGUGCCAGCGUCCUGUCCGGCGGUGACAGACUUUGUUUGCCGGAGCGGCGACUGCGUUGAGUCCCACCUGGUAUGUGAUGGCCAGGCCGACUGCGCAGACGAAUCAGAUGAAUUGGACUGCGGCCACCUAGUUGGCCUACCAGGAGCCUGUACCUUUAACAUGCCGGCAGACAUGUGGGAGGAGACCUGCAAACUGUCUCAGGACCGUGACGAUGAUCUCGACUGGAGGAUCGGCCAGAGGAGUGAGACUCCUGGAACCGGACCCAGCGCUGACCACAGCCCUGGUGGCGAUGGGCAGUUUCUGUUUGUGCACUCAGCCACAGAGAGGGAAGGUGACAUCGCCAAAGUUUCUACACGGAACCCAUUCCCAGCCAGUAUUGGCCUGUGUCACCUACGGUUCUGGUUCUACAUGCACGGAUCAGACAGGAUGGGGACCUUAAAGGUCUACACGGUCGGCUCGAGCGGCUCUCGCCUGCUGAUGUGGGCCGCUAGUGGCGACCACGGCGACCGGUGGUCAUACGCCGGCGUCGUCCUGUCCAACACGGCCCCCUUCACGGUGACCUUCCAGGCGGAAGUGGGCGGUGACGUUUGGACCGACGUCGCCCUGGAUGACAUCUCCUUCACCGCCGAGUGUGUGGUGGGAGGUCCUGUGACCCCGGAGCCUCUGACCUGCGGCGGGGGUCAGUUCCGGUGUGCCCACUCCUUCCAGUGUGUCCCACUGUCCUGGCGCUGCGAUGGGGAGGGGGACUGUGCCGACCAGUCCGAUGAGGAACAGUGUCCCAGCCUGGUACCGGGCACCCUGCCCCCCCAGGAGAACUGUCCCCUGCCCGACCAGUUCCAGUGUUUGAACCACACCUGUGUACCGUCCCUGCUGCGUUGUGAUGGAGUUCAUGACUGCCUCUACGGAGAGGAUGAAUUCAGCUGCUCUCUUCCACAGUGUGAAUUGGGGUCUCUGGUGUGUGAAAGUUCAACCAGUUGCGUCCCUCUCCAGAAGCGCUGUGACCACACUAUCGACUGUCUACCCUUCCACUCAGAUGAGUCCAGCUGCUAUGAAUGCCCUCCAAGAUAUUGCCUGAAUCAUGGGGAGUGCCAUGUAGAGAGUCACGGCCCGAAAUGCACGUGCCUGGAUGGCUGGACAGGCAACCGUUGCCAUGUGAGACAGAAGCCCUCUCCCUCCAUGUCAACACCCUCACCAGAUGAAACUGGACUAGAGACUGUGUACGCUGGUGUGGCCAUUGGACUGGCCCUGCUGAUUCUUGGUGCUGCCUGUUUUCUGAAUGUUUUCCUGAAGAGGCGCUCCUGGGACAGACCUGACCUGCGGAACUUCGGGGUAAUGGAUAACUCUGCAUUUAACUGGAGGGCAGAGUUCCCCACCCUGGAUGUGAAGCCCGGGACUUGUCCUCAGCUUAAGCCCAAGAAGAGUGAUGGUCCUGGGCUUGUCAUCAGUGUCUACCCCUGGAGGAGUGAAGUCAAGGAUCCAGACAUGAGACAUGCCAAGUUGUCCUUCCCCAACCCUCUGUACCAGUAUCCUUCCACUGACAACGGGGCUGACUGCAGCAGCUCUGAAGCAUAAAAUCACUACAUGUCCAGAUGGGACCCAGUAGCCAUUGUCACCUAAGAGAACAACUACUGAAUCAUCACCAAGUCACCUGAUAAACUCACCAUGACAUGUCACUGAACAGCUGACCAGUAAGUUAUUGGACAGGCCCAAUUUUUUAAAUAGUUAUUCUGGCCAUGUCCACUUUUGGAUCAAAAGACGGUUCAUAGAGUCGUUUAAAUCCAAAUCGAUACAAUUCCACAAUUUCAGGUCGCAAUCGGGAAUGGAAAAUGAGGAUCCCUUCAUUAGGCAGUACUCGUUAGUCCAUCGAGUACAUAAUGAAGUUACCGUUUAACAUGUUGUCAUGUUAAUGGAAAUCAAUGAACACCUUAGUUCCUUAGAAUACAUUAGGAUUUGGGAGGAUGCAUGGAUCCAUUCAAAGCGUUUGUUUCACAGUGCCAGCCAGUGAACUACACUCACCACCCAUUCCUUACAAUUGUAUGUCCAUUUCUAUGUUAGACUGUGAAUUCUGAAUAUAAUGUUCUGAGAGUGUAAAUGUGCCUUUCAAAUUAAAGGCAAUUUUGAAUUGGUUUUUAGUUGACACUUCCUGUACAUAUGAACUGAGUAAAUAAAUUGGAAAUGACAUGCAGAAUAAUAUCUCUUAAAA